AUGGCUCCCUCUCCUCACCGGCACCGCCAGGGCCUGCGGCACCGCCUGUCCCAGCUUCCCGCCCUCGGUGCCCGAGCAGCAGAGAGCCUUCCUCCGCGCCUAUCUCCCUGCCGGCUGCGCCCUGCGCAGGUACCUCUGUCCGCCUCGCCCCCUUCCCGCUGCCCCUGGGGGUAUUCCCGAGUUCCCUCACCGCUCUCCCUUCUGGGCCGUUUCUCUGCUUCACUGCCUCUGGUAACGAGCCGCAAACCGAAGCGAACUACUGCUCGGAGCUCCGCCUGCCACUCUUUUCCUUCAGUCGAGCGGGCGCGGGGGCUGCGCGGUUCCGUCCGGCCCAGUCUCAGGCCCUGUUCUCGCCAGACACCCUCCGCUGCGGCGCCGGGAGCGCCGGGCCCGCCUGUGCCCUCCGCCCAGGCUCUGCUGCACCUGCUGCUGGGCUGGGCUGUUCCUGCAGCGCGGGCCGAGGAGAGGGCACCCUCACUCCGUCCUCCCUCAACUUCUCAUCACUUUUCUCUGCCUCCACUCCGUUCUGGCACCCCACCGCCUGCCGGAGGCAUACACCGGCGCUGCUGUCGGCCCCCACGGAGAUGCUACUACCGAGCAGACAAUGAAAGGCUUCCCUCGCUCUCUCUCCCUUCGCCGACGCGGAGAGCUGCCGUCCGGGUCCCCGGAUGCCCUCCUGCCCCAUACACUGCCCCGGCUCCCAGGACAGCGGGGAGCUCCCGGCGGGGCAGGUCCCCUGUGCCCGCCUCUGGCGGGUGGGACCGGAGCCGCCCUCCGCCAAUCAGUCCGAGCGCAGCGGAAAAGACACUCACCUCUCUGCCUAGGGAAUGCAAGCAAAGAGGGAUGUUACUCUCCUGUUGUUCACCACCCUGAGAGAGUCUUCAAAGCCUUCACCAGAGAAAGUUUAAAUACUAAUGGUAAUUUUCCAA